AUGAGUGAUAAAGCUAGAGAGUUUAUUGAACUUCCACAGCAGUUCGUUAAGGAGGGUUCACAGUUUAUGAAGAGAUGUACGAAACCAAACAAACGCGAAUAUAUACAAAUAUGCAAAGCUGUAGCUAUUGGUUUUGCUAUAAUGGGCUUCAUUGGUUACUUUGUGAAAUUGAUUCAUAUCCCAAUUAAUAACAUAUUAGUUGCAGGUCAAUAAUUUGGUUUGUUAAAAAAAAAAGGGAAUCUAAUGUAGAAAUUAAUAUUAUAUCAUUCUUA